UAGUAGGAGCAACUAUUCUGCGUGCACGUGUUUUACUUCUUGGGUGCAACAGCAAAAUAUUGCAAAGUUAAAAUGGCUCUCAAGCGAUUAAAGACAAAAAAAUCGAAGCGUUUGACUGGUAAACUCAAGCACAAAAUUGACAAAAAAGUGAGAGAACACAAUCGAAAGGAACGUCGGGAAGCCAAAAAGAGCACGAAGAAGGGCAGUAAGAAACAGAAAUUGAUACAGAUUCCAAACAACUGCCCAUUCAAGGAUGACAUUCUCAAGGAGGUGGAGGAGGCCAAGCAACGUAAAGAGAUGGAACGCCAGGCUAGCCGGGAGAAGUUCAAAGCUGAGCGCGAACAAAAGAAAACCAAGUCGCUGGAGGCGAUGGUCGAAGAUGCCGAUAUGAGGAGCACAGUUCAUGGAAUAAUGCAUGAAAACGAUGCUGCCGAUGAUAAUGAGAAGAAAUACAAGAAUGCCAGCAGCAAAGAGCAGUCGCUGAAGCAGUACUUCAAGGAAUUUCGCAAGGUUAUCGAGAAUGCAGACGUUGUCCUAGAAGUAGUCGAUGCUCGGGAUCCUCUCGGCACCCGUUGCAAUGAGGUUGAGCGGGCUGUGCGCGCUGCUCCCGGCAACAAGCGGCUGGUGCUCAUUCUGAACAAGGCCGAUCUUGUCCCCAGGGAGAAUCUGAACAAUUGGAUAAAAUACUUUCGCCGCAGCUUGCCCGUCACUGCUUUUAAGGCCUCCACUCAGGAGCAGGCCUCCAAACUGGGACGUCGCAAAAUGCGCGAAAUGAAAACCGAAAAAGCCAUGCAGGGUGCUGUGUCCAUCGGAGCCGAAUUGCUUAUGUCCAUGCUGGCCAACUACUGUCGCAAUAAGGGCAUCAAAACAUCAAUUCGCGUCGGAGUUGUUGGCAUACCCAAUGUGGGCAAGAGUUCAAUUAUCAACUCAUUGACCCGAGGACGUUCCUGCAUGGUGGGCAGCACUCCGGGGGUGACUAAGGCUAUGCAAGAGGUUGAGCUUGACUCAAAGAUCAAACUAAUUGAUUGCCCUGGCAUUGUUUUCACGAGUAUUGCCAAUGAAAGCAACGCCAACUCACAUGCCGUUUUAAAGAAUGCUCAGCGUGUGGGCGACAUCAAGGAUCCCUUCAGCAUUGCCGAGAGUGUUUUGAAAAGAGCCAGCAAAGAGUACUUCUGUAAAAUGUAUGAUAUUACCAACUACGACACUUUCGAAGAAUUCUUUGCCAAGAAGGCUGCCAGAAUGGGUAAAUUUUUGAAGAAAGGUGUACCAGAUGUUGUGGCAGCUGCACGUAGUGUAUUAAAUGACUGGAACACUGGCAAGAUUAAAUACUGUACACAAGCGCCUGAGGUGGUCGACAAUAAAAAUGCACACAUAAGUGCCUCGAUUGUCCACACAGAGGUGCGAGAGUUUGAUGUGGAAAACUUCGAAUCGAUGGAGACCGAUUUACUGAACCAAUGCCCUGGUAAAUCGGAUGAUGUUAUGGAGAUAACAUCUACGGGUCCACUCGAGAUACGAGUGCCUCGCGAAGAUACACAGUUGGCUGAUGCACAGAUAGCUGAAGAUGAACCGCCGGCAAAGGGUCGAAAGAGGAAAUUAGUCGAUGAUAAGAAAGAGAAACCAGAUCCUGUCCUACUGUUAGAGGAGAAUCAAUCGAUUAACAAAAAUAUCAAAGAGCUGCAAAAAAAGAAGAAAAAACAAAAUGUUCGCACCGAGAAGAAAAUUUCAAAAAUCACCGACGUAUUGGACAGCUUCAAUUUGGGUUCAUCGUCGACGAGUGCUGAUAAAUAUGACUUCGACCAGGAUUAUGUGAUUGAAUAAUUGCAGUUAAAUAGUUAGAUGUAUGCUAAUAAAAUGUAUAUAUUCUUUUAAAAUUGA